CCCUUUCUUAAGCUUCCUUAUCAUCUUUCUCUUUCGCCCACCCUCUCUCUCUUGCUUUUCUUUUCUCCUCUUCCUGUUGCUGACAUUUCUUCAAGCUUACACUUUUUUCCCCACCUUUUCUUUUAACUUUUAUUAUUAUUAUUAAGUUUGUGUGCUGUUGUUUGCCACCAUUGUAUUUGUUUUGAUUUUCUUGAAUUAAUCCUCAUCGUCCACAUGGGAAGGCAUUCUUGUUGCUAUAAACAGAAGCUAAGGAAAGGACUUUGGUCUCCAGAUGAAGAUGAAAAGCUUCUCAAUUAUAUCACUAAGCAUGGCCAUGGCUGUUGGAGCUCUGUUCCUAAACUCGCUGGCCUUCAACGUUGUGGAAAGAGCUGCCGUCUCAGAUGGAUUAAUUACCUCCGCCCUGAUUUGAAAAGAGGUCCUUUUUCUCAACAGGAAGAGGAUUUGAUCAUUGAGCUUCAUUCUGUCCUUGGAAACAGAUGGUCUCAGAUUGCUGCUCAGCUACCAGGGAGAACAGACAAUGAAAUCAAGAACUUGUGGAAUUCUUGUAUUAAGAAGAAGCUUAGGCAAAAAGGGAUUGACCCCAACACGCAUAAGCCGGUGAUAUCCAGCGCCGGCGAUGUUGAGAAUGACAGUGAAAGUAAAGUCCCAGCCAGAAGCAAUGACAACAACAGCUCUGAGGAAGCCAAUAAUAAUAAUACAACUGAAACAACGCCACUCCCAAACUCAAUCAUCAUAAAUCCGCAUAACUCCAAUUCCCAAAUCUACUCACAAACUCAUGAUUUUUUCCCUUUUCAAACAUCUACUACCAAUACGCCUUCUGAUAUUACUUCCGAUUAUCUCUCCUUUCAUCAUCUCAAUUACGCACCAAAUCCCAAUCCAAAUCCCAAUACUCUCUGUUUCACUCUCCCUCCGCCGCCGAUUCCCAUCAAACCCCAACUCCCCAACUGGGAAUCAGCCACUUUCAACAACAAUUUCUUCGACGCCGCUAACUUCUCUUGGGGGCUUCCCGAUUGCGCAAAAUCAGAGAAAUUGAACACAACAACCCAGUUACCGGAAGACAUUAAAUGGUCGGAAUUUGUGGGGAAUAAUCCAUUUAUGCUGCAAAAUCAAGAAUCUCAAUCUCAAACGGAUCAAUCAAUGUAUGUAGAGAAUACGACGGCGGAAACAGCGUUCAUAACAGAGGGCGGCGGGUGGCAGAGGCAACAACCUUCCUCCGAUGCUGCUGUAUAUAACAAACACCUCCAUACUCUUACUGUUUCUUUUGGAAAUACCCUUUAACCUUCCUUCUCUCCCAUCCAUUUAUUUUCCUUUUAAAAAAAAAAAAAAAAAAAAAAAAAAAAAAAAAAGAAAAAAACCAA